AUGGCGGAAAAAGAAGCAAGGUUGAAGAAGAUAGCAGAUGUCUCAAACAACCUCUUAGGAUCCCUCGACGAAGCCAGUAGGGAAAAUACCGAGAAUACAAUACCAAGAUUUACACCGGAGGGGGAGAUCUCGCCCUCCCCGCACGGAGAUCUGACAGUCUUGCGAGAAAAAGGAGCUUCCACGUCCACGGCGAGAGAAACACCACCAGCGAUCAAAAAGCUACUAGAGGAGUGGCUGAUAAGUGCCCUGAGCAAUAUGCUCGAAAGGCCCCCUCAAGGAAAUGUCGAAGACUCGCCGACUACAGAAAUCGUAGUUGCCUCCGGAGAGCCAGGCGCUACUCGAACGAACAACACCCGCACGGUCAUCGAGGCAAGCGACGAUGCACUCACAACCAUUUUAAAGAAAAUGGAAGAAAUGGAAAACGAAAACAAAAUACUUCGCGAUCAAAUAAAAGAGCACCAGGAAAGGGCUGACAAAAUACCUGGCGCCCCUAAGCUGCUACCAAAACGUGAUAUUGGAAGGUUCAUCGAACAGCCAUACAGCGAAGAAGCUGCUCCUCACCCCAUCCCGAAAACCUUCAAAAUGCCACCAUACUUGAGAAUAUACGACGGGACCACGGAUCCAGAAGAUCAUCUAAUCCACUACGUUACCGCGGUAAAAGGCAAUGACCUGUCAAAAGAACAAGUGCCAUCUGUGCUGCUGAAAAAGUUCGGUGAGACUUUGACAGGAGGAGCAUUGACAUGGUACUCCCAGCUACCAGCUCGAUCAAUAUCAACGUUCGAGGAGAUGGCAGACAAAUUUGCUACCACCCAUGCAGGAGCUAAAAAGGCCGAAGCUAGGGUCAACGACAUCUUCGCCAUCAGGCAAACAGCGAGCGAGGGACUUAGAGACUUCCUGGCCCGAUUCAACAGAGUAAGGGCAGAUGAAGAUGAUCUUAACGGGCCAACUCAGCGAUUAACGUCAGUCCAAACCGAGGCAAGGAGGGACAGACGCAAUGAUGGGCGAAGAGAUCAGCCACCGCGUUUCAAUCGAUAA